CUCUCUCUCUCUCUCUCUCUCUCACUCUCACUCACGCACAGUGAGUUGAGAGACGAAGAGUCUCCUGUCCUUUUGCGUGUAGCAGCGUGCGGCCACUGACUGACUUACCCUCCUUCCUUCCUUCGCCUCCCUUUUCUUCUCUUUUGCUCCUUCUUCUCCUUCUGCGUUUUUGGUCUCCGCCUUUCUACAGUGCGCUCGGUCACUUCCCGAUCUUGUCACCCUCCACCUCCGCCAUUCAUCAUCGUCGUAAGCUGCACCGGCUCUGCUGUGGCUGCUUCUCUUUCUGUUCAGGUCUCUGCCUCGCCAGAAUGACUCACGGAUAACUCCUCUCAGAUCUCUGCUUCUGAUUUGGUGAGCCAGAAAGAAUUGAUGGACUGGAGCUGUAAGGGAGACCAGAAUUGGUAUUGCGUUACUUCUGCUGGAAUGCCUGAUUUGUGUGCGAGUCUAUCCCGUAAUAAUCAAAAUCUUUGCCAUGAGUAUAGCAUUCCUGUCGAGUAAAGGCUGUAUCUGAAUCGCUACUCUUGUCAGUUAGUUUUGUUUAAAUUUUUCCUUACGGGCUUCUUGGCAAGAAUGAAGUAAAACAUCGGGUCACGUUGCAUGGGCAUUGUGCAUAGAGACUGAAAAUAGUCACCAGGAUUUGAACAAAGUAUGGGCAGUAUUUGCUCAAAGUCAAAGAAAUCCGUCCUUGGUGGUGUUAUUGUAGAUAAUGGUGUUAGUGAAAGCUCGAGACAAGCUAACGGUCAUUCUAAUAAUGAGUCUCGAGUGAAUUAUCAGUGUCGCGAACUUCCAGGAAAAGUAAAUAACAACUCCGCUCUUUCUCCUGUUGAUGGUGAUGUGGAUAAGCAGGCACGAGAAUCGUUUUCAUUCCCUGAAAGGGAGUUUUCACAUGGGCCAAGUGCAGACGAUGUCAAUGACGGGAUCCCUUACCUGUCUAGGGCUUUAUCAUACAAGUCAAGAUCUACCAAGUCUAAGCAGGCUGCUGUUACAAAGGUUUCAGAAGUGAGUUCACUUUUGGGCAGAGCUGGUACAGCUGGCCUUGGCAAGGCAGUUGAAGUUUUGGACACAUUAGGUAGCAGUAUGACAAAUUUGAACCUGAAUAGUGGUUUCACGUCAGGAGCGACAACUAAAGGAAAUAAAAUUUCAAUUUUGGCCUUUGAAGUUGCAAACACAAUUGUUAAGGGUGCCAAUCUGAUGCAAUCUCUUUCAAAGGAGAACAUUAGUCAUUUGAAAGAGGUGGUAUUACCAUCUGAAGGAGUGCAAAAUUUGGUAUCCAGGGAUAUGGAAGAACUCCUGAGAAUUGCUGCAGCAGACAAGAGAGAAGAACUGAAAAUCUUUUCUGGUGAGAUUGUGCGGUUUGGAAAUCGUUGUAAAGAUCCUCAAUGGCAUAAUCUUGACCGCUAUUUUGAGAAGUUAGCUUCGGAGCUUAUACCACAAAAGCAAUUGAAAGAGGAGGCAGAGAUGGUGAUGCAGCAAUUAAUGACCUAUGUUCAGUAUACAGCUGAAUUAUAUCAUGAAUUGCAUGCCUUGGACAGAUAUGAUCAGGAUUAUCGGCGCAAGCUUCAAGAGGAGGACAAUUCAAAUGCCACACAAAGAGGAGACAGCCUUGCAAUUUUGAGAGCAGAACUGAAGAGUCAAAAGAAGCAUGUAAAAAAUUUAAAGAAAAAAUCACUGUGGUCUAGGAUAUUGGAAGAGGUUAUGGAGAAGCUGGUUGACAUUGUCCAUUUUCUUCAUUUGGAGAUACAUGAAGCAUUUGGUAGUGCUGAUUCUUUUAGUGAAGGAAAAGAUUCUCUGGGAAGCCAUAAGAAGUUGGGUUCUGCUGGUCUUGCAUUGCAUUACGCAAACAUUAUUACUCAAAUUGAUACUCUUGUGACCUGGGCUUCUUUCUUUUUCAAAGCUUUUGUGUCACGCUCAAGUUCUGUGCCUCCUAAUACAAGGGAUGCUUUAUAUCAAGGGCUGCCUCCUAGUGUUAAAUCGGCAUUGCGCUCAAGGAUACAGUCAUUUCAGCCCAAAGAAGAGCUUACAGUCCACCAAAUCAAAGCUGAAAUGGAGAAGACUUUGCAGUGGCUUGUUCCUAUCGCCACCAACACAACAAAAGCUCAUCAUGGCUUUGGAUGGGUUGGAGAAUGGGCAAAUACGGGGUCUGAGGUCAACCGGAAACCUGCAGGCGACACAGACUUGUUAAGAAUAGAAACACUUCACCAUGCUGAUAAGGAGAAAACAGAAGCUUAUAUUCUUGAACUUGUGGUGUGGCUUCAUCAUCUAGUCAGCCAAGCAAGAACUGGCAAUGGAGGCAUUAGGUCUCCUGUCAAAUCCCCAAUUCGUUCCCCUAACCAAAAGACAGUGCAAUUAUUUGCACAGAAGGCCUGCUCUGCUUCUCCUGUGUUAACCUUUGAAGAUCAACAAAUGCUUCGAGAUGUCAGCAAGCGGAAGCUGACACCUGGAAUCAGCAAGAGCCAGGAAUUCGACACUGCCAAGACGCGGUUGAGCAAACACCAUAGGCUGAGCAAGAGUAGCAGUCAUUCCCCAAUCAGUGAAAGUAAAAACAUGUUCUCCAUAAGGCGGCCGUCUAUUCCAGUCAUUGAUUUUGAUAUUGAUCGAAUCAAGGCCUUGGAUGUCAUCGAUCGGGUGGAUACCAUUGGAAGUUCAUAAUUUGAAGGCAUAUGAGAGAUCAGGAGGUCAAGGAAGUGAUGUUAGUUAAGUCAAUCUGCUGCCUUCUCCAAGUUUGAAUGCUUCUCUUAGUUUAUUGUGAGCUGUGAGAAAGUUUUGUUGGUUUUCUAACCAUUGAGCGAUGUAAUGUAGGCCAGUUUUUUUCAAGUUCAGAGUUGAUUAAUGGGGGAGUGGGAGGGCAGGGAGCUACGCCUUUGGCCAUUAGUCUAUAUGUACAGAUCAUGUUCUCAUCAUACAACAAUCUUUCAUUGUUUUGCUUUCUCUCCUCUCAAAUAAAUUUUAUCUAUAAUUGUAAGCAAGUUUGGAAAUGAUGAAAUCGUGCCAUUUCAUAGUUUGAAGUUCUCUUGUAAAGAGCAUAAUUGGCAGAAUUAAUGUUACAUAUGAUUAUUGAAGGAAGUCCAUGAGGAUGAGGACUGCAAGAAGCAGCCCAAUUCAAGUAUUA